UCGGCUCAGCUGAUGUUUCCCCUGUCACAGCAAAACUCUCUUAUACAUCGUGUCCAACUCAUUUCAGCUUCCCAACUAUCAAACGCAGCAGCGCCUCCCUCCUUCCCUUCUUUCCAACACUGCUACUAAUUCCCUCCUUUCACUUCCAUUCACACCUACUUCAUAACUCUUCCACUCUUGCUUUCUCUCUUCACUUCAAGCAACGACCAAAGCCAAGCCAUGGUUCUCUCAAUCCAGGGUGCUUCGAAUUCUGUUGAGGAGGUUGUGUUCAGCUUCUACACUGAUGAAGAGGUGAAGAAGAACAGCCGCGUCAAGAUUACAAACGCUAACUUGCUUGAUACUAUCGGUGUCCCCGCUCCUGGUGGUUUAUAUGAUCCAGCUUUGGGUCCAUCCGAAGAGAAAUUGCCUUGUAAAACAUGUGGUCAAUUGUAUCACCUUUGUCCAGGUCAUUUUGGUCAUAUAGAGCUUGUUUCCCCUGUCUACAACCCCUUGAUGAUCAGUCUUCUUAGAAAUAUUCUACAAAGAACUUGUUUCACUUGCUGUCAUUUUAGGGCUAAUAAAGAACUGGUGGAAAAAUGUAGUUCCCAGUUGGAGCUUAUUAUGAAAGGGGAUAUCAUUGGGGCAAAAAGAUUGGAUUCAAUUAAUAAAGAUGAAUCCAUGUAUCAAAGUGAUGAUGAUGAUAAGAGCCAGUCUUGUAGCUCUGAACAGCAGGGAGAAAGUUGGACCUCGCUGCAGUUCGAAGAGGCAAUUUCUAUUGUACAGAAAUUUUUGAAGAAGUCUUCUAAAAAAUGUCAACGGUGUGGUUCCAUUAAUCCUAAAAUUAGCCAACCAACCUUUGGAUGGUUCCGUAAGGAUGGUCUGUCAGCUGCUGAUGCUAGAGCAAAUGUCAUAAAUUCUGAUGAUACAAUCUUGGCAAGUGAGACUAUAACCGAUGACAGGGAUACAACAUAUGGAGAGGAUAUCAACUCUGCUGGGACCAAGAAAAGUGAUGCCAAAAGACACGAGUUGUCUUACAAGCUUGCUGAGCAAAAUCGACUUUCUGGUCCUUUGUUACCAUCACAAGUUAAAAUGACGUUAGAACUUUUGUGGAAAAAUGAGGCUCGAUUCUGUUCCUAUAUUAAUGAUAUUCAAGGUCAGGGAUAUGGAAAGAAAGCAGGGCACUCAAUGUUCUUUCUUGAGAAUAUUUUUGUUCCACCAAUCAAAUUCCGCCCUCCCACUAAAGGAGGUGAUAUGGUAUCGGAGCAUGCUCAUACUGUUUUGUUGAGUAAGAUUCUGCAGGCUAACAUAAGAUUAGGGGAUGCCCAUCUAAACAAGAAGGAUCCCUCGAUGGUUUUAGCCAGGUGGAUGGAACUUCAGCAAUCUGUAAAUGUGCUCUUUAACAGUAACACUUCUGGCCAAAGAGAUGCAAGUAAUGGAAUUUGUCAGUUGCUGGAGAAGAAGGAAGGCCUCUUCCGCCAGAAAAUGAUGGGAAAGAGGGUUAAUUUUGCAUGCCGCUCUGUCAUAUCACCGGAUCCUUAUUUAGCAGUGAAUGAAAUUGGGAUUCCCCCAUAUUUUGCUCUAAGGUUAACAUAUCCUGAGAGAGUUACUCCUUGGAAUGUAGUGAAGUUAAGGAAUGCUAUUCUUAAUGGUCCAGAAACCCAUCCAGGUGCCACACAUUAUGGCGAUAAAUCAUCAAUAGUAAAGCUUCCACCAAAAGGGAAGUUGCUUGCUUUGACAUCAAGGAAAUUACCAUCAUCAAGAGGGGUUAUCAUGCAUAAUGGAAAGAUAUGCGAUCAAGAAUUUGAAGGAAAAAUUGUGUAUCGCCACUUGAAGGAUGGUGAUGUCGUGCUUGUCAAUAGACAGCCUACACUUCAUAAACCUAGUAUAAUGGCGCAUAUAGUUCGUGUUCUGAAGGGGGAGAAAACAGUGCGUAUGCACUAUGCGAACUGUAGUACUUACAAUGCUGAUUUUGAUGGUGACGAGAUUAAUGUGCAUUUUCCACAAGAUGAAAUUUCCCGUGCUGAAGCUUACAAUAUUGUAAAUGCCAACAACCAAUAUGUGAAGCCUACCAGUGGUGAUCCAAUAAGAGCCUUGAUUCAGGAUCAUAUUGUAAGUGCUGCCCUUCUAACAAAAAAGGAUACAUUUUUAAGCUGUGAAGCAUUCAAUCAACUUCUCUACAGUUCUGGUGUAUCCAUGCCUAUGGUGGGAUCUUUCUAUGCAAAACCUGGGCAGAAAGUUUUCACAUCAACUUCCGAGAGUGAAAUGUUUUUGUUUCCUCCAGCCAUAUGGAAGCCAGAGCCCCUUUGGACAGGAAAACAGGUCAUUAGUGCAUUGUUAUACUAUGUCACUAGAGGUUCCCCACCAUUUACAGUUGAGAAGAAUGCGAAAAUACCAGCUAAUUUUUUCAAGACUCGAAACAGAAACACUAAAGGACGAACCACUAAGAAGUCAAGUAAGAUGAAGGAUGAGCCUGAUGAGGACAAAUUGUUGAUAUAUAGAAAUGAUUUGGUGCGUGGCGUGGUUGAUAAGGCUCAAUUUGGUGACUAUGGUAUAGUACAUACAGUACAAGAACUUUAUGGCUCAAACAUUGCGGGAAACCUUCUUUCAGCGUUUAGUCGUUUAUUCACAAACUUCUUGCAGAUGCAUGGGUUCACAUGUGGAGUUGAUGAUCUUCUGAUAACAGAAAGAAAGGAUGGUGAAAGAAUGAAUCAACUUAAAAGCUGCGAGGAAAUUGGUGACAUUGUUCAUCGGGAAUUUGUCGGAGUCAUGGAAGGUGAUAAUAUAGUUCAGCAUGACAGCAUAUCUAUGCUACUUGACAUUUACUUAGUGCAGUUAGUUUUCCUAUGUAAAAUCUGUGAUUUGUGGCAGAUGAUAAGCAGUCUUAACUCCAAAACAAGCUCAGGAGGUUUAAAGGAGCUAUUAUCCGAAGGUAUAUGGAAACCAUCUGGGAAAAAUUGGAUUUCUCUUAUGACUACAUCUGGAGCCAAGGGUAGUAUGGUCAAUUUCCAGCAGAUAUCUUCUCAUUUAGGCCAGCAAGAGUUGGAAGGAAAACGAGUUCCACGCAUGGUUUCUGGAAAGACCUUGCCAAGCUUUCCUCCCUGGGAUUGUUCCCCUAGAGCAGGAGGGUUCAUUAUUGAUCGUUUUCUCACAGCCCUUCGUCCACAGGAAUAUUACUUUCAUUGCAUGGCAGGGCGUGAAGGGUUGGUUGAUACUGCAGUUAAAACUUCUCGGAGUGGUUACCUGCAAAGAUGUCUAAUGAAAAAUCUUGAGUGUCUCAAAGUUAGUUAUGAUCACACUGUUCGUGAUUCUGAUGGUUCAGUUAUUCAAUUUCGUUAUGGAGAAGAUGGCGUAGAUAUCCAUCAAACCAGCUUUAUUACCAAAUUUGAAGCCUUGUCGACUAAUAAUGAACUGGUUUACAGCAACUGUUGCCGUGAGCUUGACAGAUCCAGUCCUUAUAUUAGCAAGUUGCCUGAUGCUCUUAAAGGAAAAGCUGAAAACUUCAUUCAUAAUUUUUCUUCAAAGAAGAGAAAUCGUAGUUCAUUGAAACGAUCAGAUUUCUUGAAGUUGAUGGAGCACAAGUAUGUGUCAAGCCUUGCGCAACCAGGAGAGGCAGUUGGUGUUUUAGCCUCUCAAUCUGUCGGGGAACCAGCAACACAAAUGACCUUGAAUACUUUUCAUCUUGCUGGUCGAGGGGAAAUGAAUGUGACUCUUGGAAUUCCGCGUCUGCAAGAGAUCGUGAUGAAUGCCUCAGAACAUAUACUGACUCCAUUUAUGACAUGCCCCUUGAGAGCUGACAAAUCAAUGGAAGAUGCAAUUUGUCUUUCCGAUAAGUUGAAGAGAAUAACUGUAGCUGACAUUAUUGAAAGUAUGGAAGUGUCUGUUGUACCAGUAGUUGUUUGUAAUGGUCAGAUUUACAGAGUAUAUAAACUUGUGAUGAAGCUAUAUAAACCUAAACACUAUCCAAAAUACACGGAUAUAACACUUGAAGAUUGGGAGGACACACUAAGAGUUCUCUUUGUGAGGGAGUUGGAGGAUGCCAUUCAGAAUCAUGUGGCACUGCUUUCCAAAAUUGGUGGCAUUAAAGAUUUUAAGACAGAGAAAUCCACCACAAAUAGCUCGGAUGAUGUAGACGGCAAUGAAACGGAUUCUGCAAAGAAAGGCCGGAGUAAUGAUGGUGACGAUGAUGAUGGUGGGGCUGAUGAAACAGAAGGGGAUGAGGAUCUUGGUUUUGAAGCACAGAAGAGAAAACAGCAAGUUACUGAUGAGGUUGAUUAUGAAGAUGAUCCUGAAGAUGAGACGCGUGAUAAUGAGUUAUCAGAAGUAUCUGAUGGUGAUUAUGGUGAAAGUGAUAAGGAGGAUGAUAAGAACAUCACACUUGAUGCCCGUGAUUCUCAAGGACUUGAAGACCUGGCAGAUCCUGAUGGGGAUGUCUCACCUGAAAAAAUUGAUCGGAAAUCUAAGCCCAAAUCUAGUGGUGAAAAAGAGAAGAAAAAAUCUGGACCAGUAAGAAAGAAAUAUGAUAGAUCAAUUUUUGUGGAAGCAAAAGGGAUGCAUUUUGAGAUCCACUUCCAAUUUACUCACGAACCGCAUAUUUUAUUGGCUCAGAUUGCUCAGAAAACAGCCAAUAAGGUUUGCAUCCAGAAGUAUGGAAAGGUUGGCCAAUGUAAGGCUGUUACAUGCAAAGAAAGUGGAGUAAUCUACUACGGCGAAGAUCACCGUUCAAGGGAAGAUAUCCCUGCCGCCGAAAAGGAAAAAAUACCAGCACUUCAAACUUCUGGUGUGAAUUUUCAAACAUUUUGGGACUUAGAAGAUCAUCUUGAUGUAAGGUACAUUUAUUCCAACGAUGUCCAUGCUAUGUUAAAGACUUAUGGUGUGGAAGCAGCCAGAGAGACCAUCAUCAGGGAAGUUAAAAAUGUCUUCAAGUCUUAUGGGAUAUCCGUAGACAUCCGGCACUUGAUGCUUAUCGCCGAUUUCAUGACUUUCGCUGGUAAGUAUCGUCCGAUGAGCAGAUCCGGAGGCAUAGCAUUCUCUACUUCCCCUUUCCUCAAGAUGUGCUUUGAGACGGCGUCCAAGUUCAUCGUUGAAGCAUCUUCUCACGGCUUGGUCGACACCUUGGACACUCCAUCUUCUAGAAUUUGUCUUGGUUUGCCUGUGAAGAUGGGAACCGGUUGCCAUGACUUGUUACAGAAACUGGAAAUAUAAGGUCGUUGCCAUGUUACUCCUAGAUCUCUGGUUGAUUCAUGCCUAGAAAAUCUGGCAAAUUUUGACACCUUGUACAAUUCAUUGUUUACAAAUUUUUACAGGCACAUUUUUCUCUGGUUGUGUAGUAGUUUGUUUAGAGGCAGUAGUAUAAUGCUUUGAAAUGUUAUUCCCAUUUCCAUCAAUAGCUAUGUAUAAUGCGAUUUUUUAUGUAUAAUAUCUACGUUUAACGAUAUAUUUUUAAAAUGUGAUUUUACUCA